CGCCACCGCCGCAGCCCGGGAAUCCUCCGGGCUCUCGACUUCCCCUCUGGCCGGCGUGCGGAGGGAAGGAGGGAGGGAGGGAGGCCGAGAUGGCCGAUGAGAUCGCCAAGGCUCAGGUCGCCCGGCCUGGUGGCGACACGAUCUUCGGGAAGAUCAUCCGCAAGGAAAUCCCCGCCAAAAUCAUUUUCGAGGAUGACCGGUGUCUUGCUUUCCAUGACAUUUCCCCUCAAGCACCAACCCAUUUUCUGGUGAUCCCCAAGAAACAUAUAUCCCAGAUUUCUGUAGCUGAAGACGAUGAUGAAAGUCUUCUUGGACAUUUGAUGAUUGUUGGCAAGAAAUGUGCUGCCGAUCUGGGCCUAAAGAAGGGCUACCGGAUGGUGGUGAAUGAAGGUGCAGAUGGCGGGCAGUCCGUCUACCACGUUCAUCUCCACGUUCUUGGGGGUCGGCAGAUGCACUGGCCUCCUGGGUAGGCAGGCUCCAGGGUAAUUUUCUUUGCCUAGAUGAACAUUAGGCUUGCAAGUUCCAACAUGUUAAAUGCCAGGUAUUUUUUUCCCUAUAUAUGGAACCACUGAAGACAUUUAAAAACCUAUGCCUAAUAAAAGACUUUGUUGCAUGGUUGUA